UGGCCAUGCAACUGGCGCACGGGAGCAGGGUUGCGCAAGCAUGUCAGGGCGAGUUGUGGGAGGCGAAGUAUAAAGCUCGUGUGCUGCGCAUUCCUCUGAGAACCACAGCCGCAGCUUGAACCUUACAGCUUUGUUGCUCGAAAGACAAGAUCACCGCCAAAAUGAAGGUCACAGUUGCGCUCGCUGCUCUCGCCGCUGCUGCGUCGGCGACCACAGAACUUAGGGGACGUCAAGAUGGCCACAACGACAAGCCUUGCAAGAAGAGGCCCGAUGUUACUUCAAGGAAGCUUGAAGCCGACAUCACCUCGAAAAAGUUGCUGAGGGGCGCCCAACAGCUUCAGGAUUUUGCCUAUAGCUACCCAGACCGUAACAGGAUCAUGGGAGGAAAAGCCCACGUUGACACUGUAAACUGGCUGAAGAAGGAACUGGAGGCUACCGAUUACUACGACGUUACCCUCCAGCCAUUCUCCAACUAUGUAAUGCUCGAGGGCGAAAUUCGCCAGUUCACGAUCGGUGGUCAAGCUAUUAACGCGACCCUUUUCGAGUACUCUAAUUCAACUACCGGCCUGGUCACUGCGCCCUUGGUUGUUGUAAGCAACUUGGGUUGUGAGGCAUCCGAUUACCCAGCUUCCUUGGCAGGCAAGAUUGCGCUCGUCUCCCGUGGUACCUGCAACUUCGGCUUAAAGUCUGCUCUUGCCGGCGGCGCUGGUGCUAUCGGCGCGGUGAUUUACAACAACGUUCCCGGCACUGUCUCGGCCACUCUUGGCCCCCCUCCGCGCCCCGAGGGACCUUAUGUUGCGACCGUUGGAAUCUCUCUGGCGGAGGGUCAGGCAUACGUCUCUCAGAUCCAGGGCGGUGCGAACGUGACUGCCUCUCUUGAUGUCCUGACUAAGGUCGAGGUUAUCACCACCAACAACGUCUUGGCCACCAGCAAGUGCGGUGACAAGAACAACCAGCUUGCGCUCGGCGCUCACACAGACUCCGUAGGAGCCGGUCCUGGAAUCAACGAUGACGGAAGCGGCACUGUCGGUAUCUUGAAUGUCGCCAAGGCUCUCGCUAAGUACAACGUCAAAAACGCUGUCACCUUCGGCUUCUGGUCGGGAGAGGAGUCUGGUCUUCUUGGUUCCACCUACUUCGUCGAGAACUUGACUCCUGAGGAGGCUAUCAAGAUUCGUGCCUACCUUAACUUCGACAUGAUCGCCUCUCCCAACUACGUUCACCAGAUCUACGAUGGCGAUGGCAGUGCCUACGGUCUGUCCGGACCUUCUGGCAGCAGUGAAAUUGAGGAGUUCUUCGAGAAGUACUUCACCCGAGUCGGUGUACCAUACAACGCCACCGAAUUCAACGGACGCUCUGACUAUGGUCCUUUCCUAGAUGCCAACAUCCCUGCCGGAGGUACCACCACUGGUGCUGACGAGGUCAAAACUGUCGAGGAACAGAAGAUCUGGGGCGGCACUGCGGGAGCCAUACUGGAUCCUCAAUAUCACCAGGCUGGCGAUACGGUAGACAACCUCAACCAAGAAGCUUGGCUGUUGCACGCUCGUGGUAUUGCCGCUGCCGUUGCGAAGUAUGCUACCUCUUGGGAAGGCUUUCCAGCUCGCGCUCCUGUCGGUAACACUACCGCCAAGCGAAGCGUAUCUGAGGUCCGCAAGAGCGUUACUGGUGGUAAGCGCUCGCUAAAACUGUACUAGAAGACAGCGAGCCGUUUUUAUGAUAAUGUAUAGACGACUAUAUUGAAGACACUGAAUGACUUGCAAGACCUUCAUUAAAGUAUAAAGCGUGAUUCUCC